AUGCUGUCGUACCUCCGAUGCAUCAAGUCGCAUCGCGGCACCAACGAUCCUGAAUGCCGCGGCCUCUCCAAGUCAUACCUGUCAUGUCGCAUGGACCGAAAUCUGAUGGCACCGGAUUCGUUCAAGAACCUCGGCUUCGGCGAAGACAGCGACGGCCCCAACGCGGCUACCACCGCUGCAAAUGCAUCUCAGUCACCGCACCCCAACGGCCAAAACAAACCUCGCGGAGCCUAG